GAGCCCCAAUUGAACCACGAACACAAUCGCCCAUCAUGCCGCAGGAUAUGCCGCCACAGGGCGGCUACAGGCCCGUCCAGUACAAGCGCAACCUGCCCGUUCGAGGCUUCCGCCCCGCCGUAUACAUCUUCGGAACCGCGGGACUCAUGACAUAUGGAUUCUGGAGGGUUGGACAGGGUAUCAGGGAGCACAACGAACUCGCACGCGAGAAGAUGUGGGCGCGGAUAUACCUCAUUCCGGCACUACAAGCAGAGGAAGACCGUGACCAAGUGCGGAGAUACCUGGCAGACAAGGCUAGGGAGAAGGAAUUGUUGGGCACAGAGACCAAGAUCUACCAUAGUGACAGAUUCGUUCGACCUACCUUUGCGAUUACCCCCGAGCACGAGACGAAGUAGGGACUGGCAUAUCGUUGUACAUGUAAAAUCGAAUUCGAAAGUCUCUAGCAAGCUUCGUAUCUACCAUGUCAUAAGAAGCAAGCCGAACAAUACUUCUUGUGUGUAGAGACUUGCCCAUUCUAUACAGAACCAGAUGUUAACAUCAGGUCAUUCUAAUGGCAGUGGUUCAGCUGCUUACAAUGCACAAAUAUGGACCAGUUGCAGCCUUAGAAGGGACACUGACUGUACGCUCAUCUGUCAUAGGCCAAAUGCCUUA